AUUUUGACGUGCUUUUGUUAUUUUGGCACGAUUGAUUUUAACUUUCUCUUUAAUAUGAUUUUUGUCUAUCGGUAUUGUCGAAUGCUAGAGGAAAAUCAGUUCUACGGGAGAUCGGCUGAUUUUCUUGUUAUGUUCUUAUUCGGCGGUGUACUAUCAAUUAUUGCGGCUCUUUUAUUGCAUAUGAUUUUCUUGAGCCACGUCUUAACCACUAUGCUAGUUUAUGUUUGGAGUCGAAAUAAUCCCUCCGUUAUGUUGAAUAUUCUUGGUCUCAUAACUGUGCAUGCUCCUUAUUUGCCUUGGGUUUUCUUCGCUAUUUCCUACAUCCUUGGUAACAAUGCAACCAUGGAUUUUGUUGGUAUCGUUAUUGGACACUUAUACUAUGUGUUAGAAGAUGUCUUUCCAAAUCAACCUAAUGGCUUUCGAAUUCUUCGCACUCGAAAUUUGCUUGAUCGAAGAAAUACAGAUCCUGCUUAUCAACCCUUACCUGAAGAAAGACCUGGGGGAUUUGAAUGGGGAGCACAGUAG